AUGGAAGCGGUUCCAAAAUUACCUCUAAUAAGUUUUGAGUUAAAGGCGAGUCCAGAAAAUACUCAUUUUGGACCAAAAUUAAAACAGUACAUUGCGGAAGCAUACAGGGAGGAUCCAGAGAGCUAUAGCAAUGAAAUACAUCAAUUGGAAGGGCUGCGGUCGGCGGCGGUGCGACCUUCAAUUGAUACCGCAGGACUAAACGCUUUAGUCAGAUACUUUUGCCAAUUACGGGCAAUGCAAAGCCGAUUCCCGAUGUCGAAAGGUCAACCUGCGGCGUGUUCUUUCUGCUGGAAAGACAUAUAUGCAGGCAUGAAUUGCUCAUCUGCAGACUUACGGUUCGAGAUGGCAUCUAUCCUGUACAAUAUUGGAGCUUUACAUUCUCAACUUGGGGCUUCAGAGCCACGCAACACAGCAGACAGCCUCAAGGCUGCAUGCACACACUUUCAACAAGCAGCUUGGGCUUUUCAGUACUUGAGGGAUUUAUAUCCACAACCCUCAGGAGUGGAUGUGUGUUCAGAGAUUGUGAGAGUAUUGCAAGAGAUUUGUUUCGCUCAGGCACAGGAGUGUAUUCUUGAAAAGAGUAUACAGGAUACUAGAAAACCAAGUGUUGUUGGUGCGGUUGCAACACAAGUGAUGUUCUUCUACAAGAAUUCCCUGGCGCUCCUGGGCCCUUCUGUUGGUGUUGACCAUGUUCAUGAGAUCAUCGGCACCAAGUUAUACAACUACUGGCACAGAUACCUAUCCUUCAAACACUCUUACGUGGGAUGUGUUGUGAAUUUGUACCAAGGUAUGAAUGCUGAAGAACAACAAAAAAUGGGUGAACGCGUAGCCUUCUACCAAAACGCCGUAGAAAAACUUGCGGAGGCAAGAAAGCUGGCAAAGCAUAUAGAACCCGUCCAGGUGACUCAGGAGGCCCUUACAUUUACCAAUGACGUGGUAGAAGGGAAAAGGAAAGCGGCCAAGAAUGAAAACGAGUUCAUUUACCAUGAAGAAGUUCCGGAGAAAGAUUUGCUGAUGGAUAUGAAACCUGUGUGCCUUGUUAAAGCGCUGCCAAUCAACUUCAAUGAUCCAGAGGUAACUGGACCCGACGUAUUUGCUCGUCUAGUACCGAUGGGUGCUCAUGAAGCAUCUUCGAUGUACUCGGAAGAGAAGGCGAAGUUAAUACGACAAAUUGUGGGCCAAGUCGAGGCCAAAAACACUGAGCUAACAGAAUUUAUGUCAUCGCUGCAACUUGAUCAGUUGGACGUUUUGGAUUCUGAUCAGAAGGUACCACAAGAGAUAGUAGAUAGGUGUGCGGCAAUGAACGCCAAAACUGAGAUAAUACAAACAUUAGUGGAUUCAAUGAACAGCCUUGCGGAAAUCAUCAGUGACGUUGAACAUUCCCUCGCCGAGAUUAAAAGUCUUAUACAGGAAGAAACAAUGAAAGAAAAAGAAUACCAAAAGGUAAUGGGUCCUCGUCCGCCGUCGAUCGUCCAAACCGAGCUGUCUCGCGAAUACCACAAGUAUCAAGAAGCUCACUCCAGAACCAAUGAGAGCAAUCAGGUGUUGCACAAAGCUAUGACGCUGCACAUUGCCAAUUUGCGACUUUUGGCGCAGCCGCUGGAUGUGUUGGAGAGCAAAAUACCUAGUAUUGAGAAUAUCGCGGGUCUGGACGUGGAGACGAUGUCGGAGAUGCGGCGCGUGGUGGGCAAGGUGCGCGAGAUGCAGGCGCAGCGCGCGGCGCUGGUGCAGGCGCUGCGGGACGCGGCCGCGCAGGACGACAUCACCGCGCAGCUGCUGGCGCGCGCCACCGAGCCCGCCGACCUCGUCUUCAAGCAGGAGCUGGACAAGCACACGCCCAAGGUGAAAAUCAUAGAACAAAAUCUAGCAGCCCAGGAAAACAUAAUCAAUAAACUGACAUCAGUGUACGCAUCGUACGGUGAUUCACGACGACUGUUGUCUGACGUGCUACGAAAACGGGAGGGACUCAUCAACGCGCUGAUCACGUCAUACGACACGUACUCGGAGCUGCUGGGCAAGUCGCAGAAGGGACUGGAGUUCUACAAGAAGCUGUCGCACAACGUGUCGGCGCUGUUAGCGCGCCUGCGCAGCACGUGCCAGGUCCACGAAGAGGAGCGGGCGCAGCUGCUCGCCAAGAACUCUUCUUCUUCGUCGACCCCGGCCCAGUCGCAGGCCGCGUCCCCCCCGCCCGCGCGGACGCCCGACGUCGCCCCCGCGGCGCCCGCGGGCAGCGCGCGGAAGCUGAAGGACUACCUGCCUUACAUGAAGAACAGGAACACCAGGAGUCUCACUCCACAAGCUCUAGUGGAUCCGUUACCUCAAGACACUUAUUAUCCAGACCCUGUUUAUCCGACUUCGGUCAGGCCCACACCUGUUGGAUCAGAAGCGACAGAUGUUACCCAAAUGCAGCUUCCAGACGGAGUAGUAGCACCACCGUUGCAAAGGGUUCCUAACCCAUACCAACGCUACCAAUACUCAACCGACCAGGAGAAUUACAGCAUCCAGCCGAUGCAAUCUAACUACGCUCACCCAGCGACCAGCAAACCAUACGACAAACCUUCCCAGGAAGAUUCAAACUACGGAUAUUCGACAUACACCCCAUCACAAUUUAAUUCGAAUUCGGCUGAUCAACAAGUAUAUUCAAACCCGUAUUAUUCUGCUACACCAAACAAUACGAAUACUGCAGUAACCGACUCGCAGAACCUCAAUGUUGGUGCUGAUCCAGUUGCUCCGAACCAAUACUAUGACCCGUAUGCGAACCAAGCGAGUGCAAUACCUGAGACAUCUAUGGGCAAUAUGUCUAUGUACAAAGCUGCCAACACGCCUGAUUUAGCCACAAACUUUGCUUAUAUGCACGUUUCGGAGCCGAAAGUAGAUUCAGGACACUCGGCUGACUAUUCUCAGACGUAUUACAACGUGCAUUAUCCCCAUGUAUCGACACCCAAUCCUAAUACGUACACCAGUGCGGUUCAUAAUUCUAAUACCAGCAUAGCUCCUUCGCAGAUCGCUUCGGAUUACAGCUCUUUAAACUACCCUUACAGUGAAGUAAAUCCGUACGCCCAGGUUGUGCCCCCUAACACACCAUAUAACGCAAGUGAGCAGCCUUAUAGUUAUGACGCACCUUACGCAUCUACGUCUCAAGGACACACCUACACAAAUGCUGUCACCUCAAUCUCCAGUGUAGUCAAUACGACCACGACACCCUAUUCCUAUCCUUCAGAAAUCGAUUCAAAUUACAACAAUGCUCUAGCUCAGUUAGAUGCCCUAGAUAAACCAAUAAAGUCACACGUAACUGGUGAAGCACUGUCCAACGUGAACUUUCAACCAACGUUUCAAAAUUACAGCGCUCCCGAAGGAUCUGGAUAUUCCAACCAACCCGAAACCUAUAACCCAACCAGCGCAUAUACUUAUACUGACCAAACAAACACUAGUUACGCACAGUCAUACCAAAAUCACCCGGGCUAUAACUUCAACUCAGCUACUGGCAAUUUCGAAUAUAAUUUCGGUUCUCAGAAUGCAUACUCUGGAUAUGACAGUACAGCUCAAACGAAUAUGAACCCUCAGCAGGAGGGUAAAGAUCCAAAUUGGCAACUGCAAGGAAUUUACACAAAUGCAGGAAAUGUGGGGACUUGCGAAACCAUUCAGUCGCCUACAGAAAACCCACAAGUGAUGGGCCAGGUACCUUCUCAACAUGGGAGUACCAACCAAACGUAUUAUAAUGCUCCGUAUGGCUAUCAGACUACGAAAACUGAAGAGUUCGUGCCAAGCUCUCAGCCUGUUUCAACUAAUUUUGGCGCUGACAUGAAUCAAUCAACUUAUAUUCAUUCUAGUCAGGGCCAGGAUACCAGCGUCACGUACACUAACAACCAAGUGUCUUCACCGACAGAGAACGUUAAAGAACCAACAUUCGAACACAAUCCUAGUGUACCAGAUAAAACAGUUACAGUACCAACCAACGUUGAACAAAUUAAACCUGAUAUCAAACCUGUAGAGGUAACUGCUACAGAGGUUAAAACAGAGUUGAGUGCUUUCGACUUACUAUAUGACAUAGACUUUUCAGUAGAACAAACACCUUUAAUGCCUGAAAUUAAGGUACCGCAAGUAUCUGAAAGUGCUAUCAAGAAACUUGUAGCUGUGCCUAAGGUGGAACCUGUGAUAAAGCUACCUCCGAAAGAGGUGGUUAUCGAGAGGCCAGCGAAGCGGGACUUAUUUUCAGACCCCAUGUUGCUAAACAAAUUCACACAAGAAGUGAAAAAUUUACAAAAACUCACUGAUUCUUUGACUAACAAAAUGCCGAGUGGUUUAACUGUAUUAGAUGCUAAAUGGAAGACUUUCCAAGAUGUGCAAGCUAAGGAGAAUAUGACUCGAUCAAAAACCAUUGCCAUGCAGCACACUAGAGGCAACAUAGUGAGUGAAAUAGUGCCUUUUGACGACUCGAGACUGAGACUCAAAUCUGAUCCUGAUGCGUAUAUAAAUGCAUCUUAUUAUAAGCAACUAGCACCGUGGUGCAUCCCAAUUGUGAUAUCUAAACAUCCUAGCGAAAAUGAAUAUAGUGUAUUCUGGAAAGCAAUAUUAGAAAAUAAAAUUAGCUGUAUUGCUUGUCUCUUAAGUGAAAUAGAGAUGCAAGGUAAAACGUACUGGCCAACGGCGAAAGGCACCUCCUUGGAAUUUGCCGACAGUCUCAAAGUAUUCUUGGAUGAGGUGACGUGUACAGUACAUUGGACCGAGCGGCAGCUCACCGUAGCCCAAGGAAAGACUGUAGUCAAUGUCACACAUUAUCAAAUCAACGUUUUUCCUGCCAAGAUUGUGUGUUCACCAUUAGUUCUCUUAUCCGACAAGAUUCUGAGCCAAACGUAUGACAACAAGCUAAGCAACCAGCUCAGCGGGGCCUGGAUCCAUUGUAGCGUUGGCGGUGGGCGCAGUACCGUACUGGCUUUACUCACCAUGCUUAUAUGUCAAGUGAGAGCUGGACAGAUUGAGUUAUGUGAUAUGUUGGAUGCGGCCUGUAUAAACCUGUACAAGCACAGAAGCUAUGUGCUAGAAGACACAAAAUAUUUAGCCGACACUUAUAGAACUACUCUCUUCUAUGUGCAAGGAGUUCUUUGUUCCGGAACCACAAUGUUCAACGGUGAAGCCGUUUCCGUACCAUCGGGCGCCGCAGUCCGGCCCCCAGUGACACCGACCGCCAACCCAGCGCCACCUACCGCGCAGUCAAAACUCAACAAGUUCUCCCGAGAAUCUUUUGAAGAAAUGAAGCAAUUACCAGGCUUGAAGAGUGGGGACAUGAAAGAUCCUCUGAACUUUUUAGAUCCAUUAUGGAGCUUGAAGAAGAAGUGA